UUUCUGUUUAUAUUUGUUCCCCGGGUGAAUCACUGACCAACGUUCUCCAAGAGCACACCGACAAGACACACCGGACCAGCAUGAAGAGUUUACUGGAAGUGUUUUUCACCAGCCUUGGCGGUGCAGUUGUUGUUUAUUAUGGAGUAAAGCUGCUGCUUGUCAUCAAGAUGCUUUAUCCCAAAGUGUGGUUCCCGCUGCCAAAGUCCUUCUUUUCGUCAAUGGGAGAAUGGGCAGUGGUGACGGGUGCAUCAGAGGGCAUAGGAAGAGAAUACGCCUUUGCGCUGGCUGAACAAGGGAUGAACGUUGUCAUCAUGAGUAGAACCAAAGCCACUUUGGAGCAGCUGGCCAAGGAAAUCGGUGAAGCUACAAGUCGUAUGGUUAAAGUGCUGGUGGCGGACUUCACCGAGGACAAAGUCUUCAGCGACAUUGAGGAGCAGCUGAAGGACCUCAACAUCGGAGUAUUAGUUAAUAAUGUAGGCAUGCUGCCCAGUAACGUCCCCAAGAGGUUCCUUGAAGACACAGAUUUGGAUCAGACAAUUACAAGAGUGAUAAACUGCAAUGUGAAAACUAUGGCUAAGAUGUGCAAAAUACUCCUUCCUGGCAUGGAAAACAGGGGAAAAGGGGUGAUCAUAAACGUUUCAUCAGGAAUUGCCUGCAUUCCCUUCCCAAUGUACUCACUGUACGCCUCAUCCAAGAUAUUUGUGGAGAGAUUUUCUCAAAGUCUUCAGGCAGAAUACAAAGAAAAGGGGAUUAUUAUACAGGCAGUCACUCCCUUUGGGGUCUCCACUCGGAUGAUGGGCUACCAGGCGACGGACAUGGUCACCUUGUCCCCGCGUGACUUUGUGAAGAGCUCCCUGCAGUACCUCAGAGCUGGGGACAGAACAUACGGCAGCAUCUGUCACAUGUUCCUGGGCUGGCUGAUCAGGUCUAUCCCACGAAAGAUUCUCUACGCAGAUUCUGUGCUGAACGGCCUUCAGGAGUACGUGGAGAAGAAACAAGCAAAGACGAGAUCCAGCUCGACUUUAAGCAUAGCUUGAUCAUAUAACACUUUAUAGACCUACAAAUGUCAAGGAGCAGUUAGAGAACUACGGUAGUUCAUACUGAGAGUUUGUGAGUCAAGCUAAAGAACAGUACAGUAUGAAUGGCAAAUGAUUGGUUAUGGACUGUUUGGUCAUGUUUUUGUUAAUGCUGACUGUAUUACAGUAUAUGCAAUGAAUUAUCACUUUAUUGUCUGCAAUUACAUUAUAUAUAUAUAUAUAUAUAUAUAUAU